AUGCCAUUCAUCUACCGACGAGGCCCAGACCAGCCAGUCGUCGGGGUUUCUACUGAAAUGCUCAAUUACCUGGCCUCCGUGCUUAACUUCACUUUCGAUCUACUGGAAGAGCCUCCUGACUUGAAGAUUGGCCAAAGAAUAAAUGGUACAUGGGAUGGUCUUUUUGGAUUCGUUUACAGGAUGGAGAAAGAAUUCACUGUUAACAAUAUUUAUCUAUCAGGAGAGAGAACAAUGUUCUUUGAUGCCUCAGUGCCUUGCUGGCAGGAUGGCUAUGGCGUGUUUCUCCGCCACCCCGAGAGUCUACCCAAGUGGGUGAGCGUCUAUCGCACAUUUGUGCCGCACGUAUGGGCCUUGGUGUUAGCUUCCCUUGCCAUCACUACGGUAUUUUUCUACGCCCAGGUGUAUGAGGCAACUGACAGCGGAGCAGUGGAAACAGUGAUCUUCGUUCUCCGCACAAUGCUGAAUCAAGGAGCCCAGGGCGUGCCUCGCUCAUCAGGGGUCAGGAUUUUCCUCGCUGCAUGGUUCAUUGGUUGUCUUGUUCUUACCACCGCUUACACCAGCAACCUCGUGGCUCUUCUCACCAGUCCUGCCUACCCAAAGCGCGUGCACUCGCUCCGCCAACUGGCUCGUAGCAACUACAGGUAUGAAGCAACUACUGACUUGCCAGAUCACAUGACAGUCUGUGCCACACCACCGAAAUGA